AUGAGCCCCGAGGCCAGUGAGAAGACCGACGUGUCUGUCGAGACGCCCUCCAAGGAAGCGGGGGAGAUGCUCUCCAAGGAAUCUGUCGAGAAGCCUGGCAUGACGGGCCAAGUAACCAAGGCUCUUGAAACUGAGGCGACUCAGGAACGCGUUAAGGAAGUAAACGGACGGCGUUUUACUUAUCGCUACCGCUAUAAAGAUGGCCCGUUUCACCCAUUAUUGAAGGAUUGGUUAGACGAAGACGGACACUCCAUUGAGUGGUGGGAAAAGAAGUCGCUUCUACGUGAUUGGAUCUAUGGUCGCAUGUCUCCCGAAGAGUUUGAUGCCCAUUUUCCUCAUUACUGGGGGCCUCCUAAGGAAUCGUAUAGGAUCACAAAAGAAGCGCUUGCGAUGCCGCAGGAAGAAAAAGAAUCCUUUGGGCCCAAGGAAAGCGAUGAGCUCCACACUCAGCAUUAUGCUAACAACUACGGCGAUGGUAGUGGUCUCCCGCUUCGGCCGGGUAUGGGCCCUGUGACCGACGAGCAGAAAAAUCUGUCGUCAAAAGAGAUAUUGCUUCUACGUGAUUGGGUCCAUGGCCGCAUGUCCUCCGAAGAAUUCGAUGCCCACUUUCCUAACUACAAUGGCCCGAAAGAUUGUUACAGAUAUAACAAAGAGGAGGUAUCUGAUGUCCAAUCUCCAAAUUCCCAUGAAUCCGAUGAAGAUUGUACCGAAGAAGGAUUCCAUUGUAUGAUGGAGGAUGACACCGAGGAAAUGCUGUGCGAUGAAUACUAUGCUUGCCUCCAUGAGGAACGUCUCAAGGAAGGUUUGCAUGAGGCAAAGCCCCGCUAUGCCUCCUACUAUGGAGAUGGCAGUGGACUUCCCCUCCGCCCUGGUAUGGGACCCCCAAUGACUGAGGAAGAGUCUCAAGAGUCCUGGAAGAAGUCACAAGAGCAAUUUGAGAUUCUCUGGAACAUGAACGAUAAGGAGUUUCAUGCUCAGCAUCCUGAACACAACGCUAUAAAGGAUUUCUGCUUGACCGAAGAAGAAGCUGAGAAGUUGCUGGAAGGGGACGAUGACGAACAGCCCCGUUAUUCCCACAACUGCGGUGAUGGCAGUGAUCUUCCGCUUCGACCUGGGAUGGGACCCCCUAAGACUAAAGAAGAGCAAGAGGAGUCAUUGAAGGAGUGGGAGGCUGAAGACGAUAAGAUCUUCAAUAUGUCUGAGGAGGAGUUCAAUGCCGAGUUUCCGGGAUACAAGGACAUUCCGGUAUACCUCUGUCCCGAGUAUGAAGCGUAUAGGAUCAUGGAGGAGUGUGAUGAAGCCGAUGACCGCAGAAGAGACGAAGUGCUUCGUGAAUGGAAAGAGUCAAUCAAAGCACGCCCUGAAGACCAAGUGUAA